AUGUCUGGGUCAAAGUGGAGGCUGGUACUCAUUGCUCUCCUUACUUGUGCCUUAAUCUUCGAGUUGGGGAAGUUUAAGAAGGUGGGUGAGACCAUAAAUGUGCAAACAGGAGAUACUCUGGAGCUGAGGUGCAGGGGCAAACCUGUGCAGUGGAGCGUCCCCCCAUACCUGGAGGAGGAUAAUGAUGGGAGGCUCAGAAUUGUCCAGUAUGAGCGAUAUGGGGUUCUGACGUUGGUCAACACCACUGGUGCAGACACGGGGGAGUACACAUGCUACCCAAUGUACUGUGAAGACACUGACUGCAGGAAGGAAUACAGCAAAGCUGUUAAAGUCUUCGUCUUUUUUCCAGAUCCACAAGAACUAUUUGUUCCAUUGUCUGACUAUUACAAGGUGAUUCAGCUGAGGAGCAACUGGCCUACAGUCCUACCCUGUCAGGUGACGUCACCUGAGGCUAAAGUAACUCUGCACCGUGAGUACCCACCUGUGGAGCUGGACGUGGACAGGAGGGAGAUCUCCUUUGAUGUCAAGAAGGGCUUCACAAUCCAUCGACCUCGGCCAUAUCAUGCCGGAGCUUUGUACUGUGUUGCCAGUCUGGGAAACCUGCGGCAGAGCUCUAUGAAGUACAUGCUCAUCUAUGUUAACUAUCCUAGGGCUCCUCCCGCUCCAGUGAUCCAAGCGUCACCGAGCACAGUGACUGUGGGGGAGAAUCUACGUGUCACCUGCUCUGCGAUGGGAGAACGAGACGUGGCCAUAGAGUUCACCUGGGAUUACCCAGGACAAGAGGAGAGCGUUAUUCCGGUCAGUGGAGGAACAGCUCAGCAGCAGUCUCAGUCUGUGCUCCUCGUGGAUGAAGUUAGAGACGUGGACCAAGGAACGUACACCUGCACUGCUCAGAACAUGCAAGGAGCCAAAUCAGCAUCCACAACCAUUAAAGUGGUCCCUAAAGCCAAACCCAAGAAACCAUAA